GGACAUGUCUGUUUUGAUCACCACCUAUGAAGGAACUCACAACCACCCACUGCCAGUUUCUGCAACAGCAAUGGCUUCCACCACCUCUGCCGCUGCUUCAAUGCUAAGAUCUGCCUCAUCAAGCUCACAACCAGGCCUUGGGGCCAUGUCUAACUCUGCCACCUCCAUUGCUACAAACCUCCAUGGAAAUCCCCAGCCAUUCUACUUCCCUAGAACUUCAAUUUUAACAUCUCAGUCACACCCAACUAUUACCCUUGACCUCACUACACCAACCACAUCUUCUCAUCUUAGCAGGCUGUAUUCAAGCUUCCCUUCUGCAACGAGAUCCUCGACUCUCGACUUUUCUUCUUCUUCAAUAUCUUCUUCUUCUUUAGGGUUGCACACCUCAAAAACAUCUUGGAGCAGUGGUUUCCCCAGUUAUGGAACAUUAUCCAGCAACAAGACUAGCCAUAAUGGGAUUUCAUAUUUGGGAAAUAAAUUUCCACAAGAACCUUUGUAUCAACCAUACAUGCUUAAGAACAACCCCCAAACUCAUCAUUUGCCAGAGACAAUUGCUGUUGCAACCAAGGUCAUUACAUCCGACCCAAUUUUUCAAUCAGCAUUAGCAGCUGCAAUUUCUUCAUUUGUUGGCAAUGGCAAUGGCAAUGUGGGUGAAUGUGUUCGAGAAAAUCGUAACAGGGGGGAGAAUUCUGGCCAGAAUGUGAAGUGGGGUGAGUCAUUUCCUCCAACUGCUGCCUACCCCUCCACCCAAAACGGGAUCGGGUGUGCAACGAGCUUCUUGAAUAGAUUGCCGCCUUCAAAGUCUCAACCAGUGAGCUUAUCUUUGUUCCCAGCUUCAUUUCCAUUCUCUGUAGCUAAAAGUCCUUCUGUGUCUCCUGCUGAAAAGGUUGAAGAUACAAAAUGAAGGGUCGAAUUUCAUUCCCCUUCCAAACAGUAACCACCAUAGUCUCAGUCACACCAAGAAGCUUUUGCACAUCAUCUUCCUUUGAUCGUUAGUAAGCAAGACUAAUAUUUCAAACGUAUGUCCAAGGAUUUUAUUCUUCCACAUGAUGAAACCCUACACCAAUUUUUCCAAUGGAGUUAUAAAUAGAAUAAAAGAAGAAUGUGUUGGAUUUCUGAAUUGUGGA